AUGGCGACUCCCUCCAAGCUGCACAUCCUCUCGCACCCCAUCGUAAACGCACGGCUGUCGAAGCUGCGGCAGACGACCACGAGCGGGAAGGAGUUCCGCGAGGGCAUCCAUGACAUCAGCCUGAUCCUGGGCAUCGAGGCCAGCCGCGACCUGGAGGAGGAGUCGUUCUCUGGACAAACCCCGGUCGCGCCGUUCGUGGGCUCGGUGAUCAAGCCCAGGAUCGGGCUCACCCCGGUCCUCCGCGCGGGCAUGGGCAUGACGGAUGCGCUGCUGAACCUCUUUCCCGCCGCCCGCGUGUACCACCUCGGCAUCUUCAGGGAGAAGGUGUCGCUGCAGCCCAUCGAGUACUACUCGAAGCUGCCACCGAACCCGACCGUGGACCAGGUCUUCCUGCUCGAUCCACUUAUCGCCACCGGCGGUACGGCAUGCGCUGCAAUGAACAUGCUUCUCGAAUGGGGCAUCCCCGUGGACCAGAUUAAGCUCCUCUGCGUGCUGGCGUCACAGGAUGGGCUGGACCGAGUGCAGAAGGAGCACCCUGGGGUCGAGAUUUGGGCCGCGGCUGUGGAUGCUCAGUUGACCCCCAACGGUCUGAUUUUGCCCGGGCUCGGCGACACGGGCGACCGGUUGUACAACACGAUCAAGGACAGCGAGGCUUUGUGA